GUGCAAUGGCUAUGGAUCAGGGGGUGGAAAUAGGGGUGGGGUGCCUGUCCAAUCAUUUGUCUGUACUGUUUGAAACUCCCACAUCCAUGCAGUUUGUUCAGUGCAGUCAGCAUGGCUCUGCUAAGCUCAAUCCGACUGUUGUUCUUUCUCACACACAUCCCCUGCCAACCCUCCUUCAUACCAACCAACCCCUUCUUUUCUCUUGUCCCAUCCAUCCAUUCCUCUGAAAAAAAGUUCAUCUUGUUCCAACCAUUGCACAUAAUCUCCCUUUCCCCCCUUUUAUUCUUAUUUUUCAUCUCUUCCUUUUCUUCAUCUCUUUUCUCUCUUUCUCUCUCCGCUCUUAUUUAUAUUCUUCCGUCCUUCCUCCUCACGCUCUUUACUCAUUUUCUAUCACAAUUUUGCCCUAAUACCUAGGGCAUCCUUCGGCACUUGCUCUCUCCAUCCAUAAGGAUCAUUUCGCUCUAUUUAUUUUAUUUUAUAUAUCUCACAAGAGAACUAAUCGUCAACUUUCAACCGAUCCAUAAGAGAA